AUUGAAAAUUUGAAAUCUUUAGCUGCUAUUAUUACAUUUGAUUUGAGGCAGUGAAGCGGCAAGCAUAGAAAAAACAAGUUUCCUUAUCUUUUUGUGAUUUUGAGAAGAAAAAGAGAAAUCCUGUUGGUGUUGGCGUUGGUGUUGGUAACAAAAAUGGUUAAGACUAAGAAACGGAGGAGGGUUCCGGAGGUGCUAUGGCGGCUAUUCCGCAAGCGCGCGCGGAGUCUGGCGAGCACAAUCGAGUCGCUGCUGCCUUCUUCAAUGUCGUCAUUGGUGAGAGACGAGAAGGACCCCCCACAGUACCGGAAGCUCUUGAAUCAAUGCUUCCUUGUGGUCUCUGAAAAUGCGCCUCCUCUCUCGCGUUUCAACCCCCACUCUCGCUGGUCCCAAUCUCAGAUUGUGCAAAGGACCAUUGAAAUACUGAUUUCUGAGCAACCCAUGUCUUCUAAUGUUAUUUGCAAUGCUUAUGAUAAGAUUAAUCAUUCAACCCCCAUUAUGGAACUUCUAUGCUCUCCAGCUUGGUGUCUUCUCUUACAAAGGGUUGGGGAUGAUGUCAUGCUUUAUCUUUUAAAGUACACAUCAAUAUUUGUGCCAGUUCCUUGUAAGAAACAUUAUCAGGUAUCAGGGCCUCCUAUAAGUGAUUUAUGCCUCAAAUUUUCCAGCCAAACAUUGGAGCCUCAGGAUCAACCUACUUCACUUGAUAAAUGUGGAUCCAACAAGAAGAGGGCUUUAGUUGACUGUGCUAACUCAAUGUUAGAAAUACAGAAACUCAGUAGAGAUUGUGUUGGCUCCAAUGUUAGGCGUUGUUCAAGAUCAUUUAGUCGGCUUCAUGGAAACAAGUGUUCUCGAACGAGUUUAUUGGAAGAAGUCACACCAAUUAUUGGAACUGGUACCAAUAAUACUGAAGGGGACUCAAAUGAGGAACUUCCAAAAAUCUCAAAUCAGAUAGUGGCAAAGUCUAGAAAGCGUUCAAGGCCAUUUAGUUGGCUGCGUCAUAGAAAGCGAAGGCAUUUAAAUUUUGAAGAAACCAGCAUUAAGACCUCUUCUGCAACAAUUCUUACAGAAAAAGAUAGCGUAUCUGGGAGGCUCCAGGAUGAUGUGAAUUCUUGCUUAAAUAGUUGUGAAAAGAUGCCUUGUUUUUCAGUAUCACAAGCUCCUAAGCCCUUGGUAGUCGCCAAAGGGGCUUAUAUUAAUCGGAAAUCCAUGUUUUAUGACAUGGAACGUUCUUCAUCAAUGUUUCCAGUAAAACAUAUACUAAAUUCUCUAAAGUCCAAUAUUGCUGGUGCAAAAUUUCUUAUUGGCAAUAUCUUUGGCUUAUCUGAGAUAAAUGCAACUCAGGAAAUGCCAUGCUGCCAGAGUAGUGGCUUCUGUGUCAACAAAUCAGCAUGCAUGUACCACUCACUUGUUAAGUUGUUUAAGAGGGUCGUACGCAGGACACAGUGUUGCCAACAUCUGAGAUUAUUGGAUAAGCAUUGUGCUGUUCCAGAAUUAAAUGAUACUGGAAAAUCUAGCACCAACUUUAAGUUAAGUAUUGGGACUAUUUUGUUAUGUACAAGUUGUGUGAAUCGUCUUGCUUCCUCUAAGAAAAAUAUAAUACUUCUGAAAUUUUCAUUUCAGGCUGAAUCAAAGAAAAAUGUUCCUGAGAAAGCUCAUGGUUUUCAUACUGCAUAUUGCAAGGAAACUGAACCUCAGUUUGAAGCAAAUACUUGCUAUUGCUUGAGAAGUCAGGUAGUGUCAUUUGUAUGGGCAAUGAUUAGGAGUAUAGUUCCUACAGAAUUGCUAGGAACUCCUUCUAACUGGAGAAUAUUAAGAAGAAAUAUUACCUGGUUUAUUCAACUACGAAGAUUUGAGAAGUUCUCAUUAAAGAAAUGCGUGCAUAAAUUAAAAGUAUCAGAGUUCCCAUUUCUAUCAACUCAAAAUAUUUCAUGUUGCUUUAGUAAUCAAAAGCAAAAAUAUGCAACAGGGGAGAGUGUUGACAUGCAUAAGGGAUCCAGAAGAUUGGAUGAUGCUGCAUAUGCUUUGAGACAUAAACUUCUAGAAAGCUGGAUCUUUUGGCUCUUUUCAUGUCUAGUAGUACCACUGGUGCAAGCAAACUUCUAUGUCACUGAAACUGAGCAUGGGAAUCAAGAUAUAUAUUAUUAUAGGAAGUCAGUUUGGGAGAAGUUGAUAAAUAACACCGUCACUUGCUUGAAAGAUCAGGGCUAUCGUGACUUGGAUGAUGUGACUGUUAGAAAUAUUAUGAAAAACAGAAAAUUUGGCUUCUCAAAGCUAAGGCUUCGUCCCAAAGGAAAUGAUAUGAGGAUGCUGGCAAAUCUAAAAGCCUCAUCAAGAAUGCCAACACAAAAAUCCUCUUUGGAAAAUCAAUCAUGUGGAAUGCAUGGAAAAGGAAAACCUUGUCCAAAGAAAGUUAAAUUUAAUCAAUUCAAGUCUGUAAAUAUUGCUCUUCGUGAUACACACGCUGUCUUAAAAGGAAUGUUGGAAGAACCUGAGAAGCUGGGAUCAUCAGUUUUUGAUUACAAUGACGUCUACAGAAAGUUAUGUCCAUUUCUAAUUGGUCUGAAAAAUAGGUUGGCAACCAUGCCUGGUGCAUUUGUUGUUGUUUCUGAUGUACGAAAAGCAUUUGAUUCUAUUGAUCAGGAUAAGCUGCUUACUGUAAUGAAAGAUAUCAUACAGAAAGAUGAAUAUCUUCUUAAAGAGUCCCAUCAAGUAGUCUGCACAAAGAAAUCUGUGUGGGUUCAUAAGAACCUUGUCUUGAUGGAUCAAAAUAUGAGCACUCCAAAAGUCACAUCCUCUGUUCCUUACCGUUUACUGCAUACUGUCUUUGUUAACCAGGAGUGGAGCAGGCAUGUGAAAAAAGAAGAGUUCUUUUUCAUUUUAAAGGAACAUGUUAAGUACAAUGUACUGCAAUUCGAUAAAAAGUUUUUUGUGCAAGGUGUAGGUAUUCCUCAAGGAAGUGCUUUGUCACCUCUGCUUUGCUCAUUAUACUAUGGACAUCUGGAAAGGAAUUUGAUCAUUCCAUUUCUUGAAAAAACUAGUAAAGGUGCCAGUAAAGAUAUAUCUAGAAGACAUAUUUCUAUGGAUGCUUCUGCAGAGGAAAGUAGUGGGGAUAGAUAUAUACUUCUUAGAUUUACUGAUGACCAUCUCUUCAUUUCAACCUCAAAGAAGCAGGCUGCUAGCUACUUUUCCAGGCUGCAAAGAGGAUUUUGUGAGUACAACUGCUACAUGAAUGAUGGCAAAUUUUCUCAUAAUUUUGAUAUUGGACAGUUAUCAGGGAUUCCAUCAAGCAGGGCAUAUGUGGGUGAAGAUGGCAUUUCAUUUCUUCGAUGGUGUGGAUUGCUUCUCAACUGUUGCACUUUAGAAGUUCAGGCAGACUACACUAAGUAUCUGAAUAAUCAUUUAAGUUCGACUCUUACCGUCAGCUGGCAAAGUAAACCAGGCCGCCAUCUGAGGGCAAAGCUGUGUAGCUUUAUGAGACCUAAAUGCCACCCUAUAUUCUUUGAUUCAAAUAUUAAUUCUGCAGCUGUUAUCAGAUUAAAUAUAUAUCAGGCUUUCUUGGUAUGUGCAAUGAAGUUUCAUUGCUAUGUUUGUGACUUAUCGUGCAUAUGCAAACUUCAUGCGGGAUUCUAUUUACACAUUAUUGAAAGAUCUCUGAGGUAUAUGUACAAGCUCAUAAAGAAACGGAUGCAUUCUGCAUGCCAUUAUUCUGAUGUCCAGCCAAUACUUCAGUUGGAGGAAGAAGAAGUUGAGUGGCUUGGAUUUUAUGCAUAUAUACAAGUAUUGAAGAGAAAAGAAUCACGGCAUAAACAGUUGAUAUCUUCAUUAAGGAAUAAGUUAGAACAUACAAUACCUACAAGUGUGCCACUGCCACCUCAACUAAAGUAUGCAGUUGAUGCCUCACAUUCCUCUUUAAUAUGGAAUAUUAAGUAUUAAAUUCUUGAAGCAUCAGCAAAUAUGUUUCUGCUACUCUCUGCUUUUGAAUUUCAAAGAGACAGUUGUAGUUUUGAUCAAGGUGGGGGGAGUUACAGAGUGCAGAUGCUCUUGCAAGAAAAUAGACAUCUACAACAAGAUUGUGUUUUGAUAGGCCCCUACUGAUGUCUUUAUGUCUUCUAUGAUUCCUUGGGUCUGUAUUACAAUUAUGACAGGCUCUGUCCUGAACUCUAUUUUGGUUAUUUAAAAUUUUAAUUAAAUGCAUCAUUUAUUACCAAAAAAGAUCUUGAAACAUCAAUGUUAUAAAACGAUAUAUUUUUACCUUUAAAAUUCAAGAUAGA